AGCAAGUGUUUAUUGUGAGUGUAAAAAUGUUGCAAACCCCCAAAUACAUUACUAACUCUUCCGGGACGCUAUACCCCCCCGACCCCCGCUACCACCAUUUUUUAAAUUUCAUUUUGUUUAAUAUGCCAUUGAUAUUCUUUCGUUUGUUUUUUGAAAGCUCAGUUUAGCAAACUGAGCAAUAAUAACGUUUUUAUUCUUGCACUUUCUCUGGCUACUUGAAUGUUUCAUUCAUUCAUUAUUGUUAUUUUAUUUUCAAAUGUAUUGGCCCUGCGAUGAGGUGGCGACUGUGUUGGCCCUGCGAUGAGGUGGCGACUUGUCCAGGGUGUACCCCGCCUUCCGCCCGAUUCUAGCUGAGAUAGGCGCCAGCGCCCCCCGCGACCCCGAAAGGGAAUAAGCGGUAGAAAAUGGAUGGAUGGAUGGAUUAUUAGCCUUUGGAAAAACUUUAUUUGGAUACUUAACUCAGAGGGCUGCAAAUAGAAAAGAGGCAUUACAUUUUUAUUCAAAUUUGAUUUGAUAUGCCAUUGAUAUUUUUUAAUUAUUAGUAACAUUAUUUGAAACUCGAUUUUGCAUGUCUCUAUAAAGUAACAUAAGUUUUGCUUGUUCAAUAUUCAUUGCAAAACUUGUUUAGGUCCUGUUAAAAGGUUAAUUUCUUCAAUUUUGGCCCGCGGCUUUGUUCAGUUUUUACAUUUUGGCCCACUCUGUGUUUGAGUUUGACACCCCUGACUGAGAUACAAUUAUUCUGACAUCAAUUAUCAGUAAUGAACGAGCGGGCGCUUCAUAUUAAUUCUUACCACGAAGUUGACGUUUGCAAAAUAAAAUCCUGCACAGGGCCCCAGGUAAGUUUAGGCCUUCGCUGCAUCUUCACCACUCCUGGUGAGGGUGGAGGGGUGAUGAUGAUGAUGAUGAUGCAGCAGCUUGUGAAGAAGGUGGGGGCUGCACAGGAAGGAGAAAGCUCCUUCCCCCUUGCAGGAGGACACAGUCUCAUCUUCAUCAUCGUCAUCAUGCCGGACUCCUGGAUGCAUCUCUGCUUUCUUGCACUCCUGCUCUCCUGCACACACAUCAACGCAAAGACAGUUGGCCAAACCUUGUCUCCGGUGGAACCUGAUGGCCAGCUGCCGGCGGACGUGCGAAGCGUCGUCCUAAAAGGUAAAAGUUACACCGAUGACGUGGAGGUGUCGAGCCCAAUUAACCUGACGCUCCAGUGCACCUGGACCGGAAGUGGCAACAAAGUAGACAACAUCACGGGAUACUGGAGCAAAGAUGGACAAGAAAUCGACAACAGUCACACCACGUUGCGGCCUGAGAACCAACAGUUUAAUCUUCAAAGAAUGUUCACUAUUAAAGACGAAGAAAGCCUGGGAACAUACUCCUGCAUGUUUGGGAAUGAGGCCAAGAUCGAUUUUGUUUUGGCAGUCCCGCAGAUCUGCGACGUGCGCGACAAACCCGUGGUUACCUACGUGGGCGACUCUGUGGUGAUGGUGUGCAAGAUGGACGACGCCAAGCCGAGUCCUAAAACCUGGUUGUGGUUCAAAGCCAACCGCACGGAAAAGGAGGAGAUUGACGCCACAACGGAGCCCCAGAAGUACGAAAUCAAAACGGACGGCAAGGCGACCAAACUCCUGGUGCACAAUCUGACCCUCCUGGACUCCGGGUUGUUUCACUGCGGCGCCGUCUACGCCAUCAGCACCGCCAUGAGCCAUGUGGAGCUAAAGGUGAUCACCAUUUACGAGCCGCUGAAGCCGUUUGCUGCCAUCGUGGUGGAGGUGCUCGUCUUGGUGGCCGCCAUUCUGACGUUUGAGAGGAUUCAGGCCAAGAAGCGCAAGGCAGCAGCCUCAGGGAACCAUGUAGCAGACACCGAGCCCGCUACCGACCCGCCCACCGCCGCCACCACGCCGCAGGCAGGAGCCAACGGACUGGAAGAGACCACCUCCACCAGGCAACGCAAAAUGUGAAGUCUCCGACACGGUAUUGAACAAAGCACUCAGCAAUAGUUUAAUUUCAUCCAAACGUUUUGCAUCUCACAUUACAAAAGAACGGCCAGAAGCAAUAACUUCUUGAAUAUUUUAUCCAGAAGGAACCUCUCCUCUUUCCACUUCCUGUUGAGGUGCUAAAAUGUGAGUCCGAUACAUAAAUACUCAUCAAAGUUUGGAGACACUUUCUCAGCAGGUGCAAAAAUGUCCGCAAACUUUUGACAGGUACAAGAGUAUUAUGUAGAAAUUAAUGAGAAAAUAAUAGAAUAUUCAUGCAAUAUCAGCUGUUUUUUUGUAUCGGAGUGUGCCAACAUAGUCAUGUUUGUACGACUUUCAUCAUGUCACCUGGCUGCUUCAAAUAAAAGUUUAUCCGUC